AUGGAAAAGGAUCAUGCUAACCGCUCUAAGCAGCUUGUUUUUAGCCUCUCUAAAUUUGAUGACUGGAAGAUAAGAAUGCAGGCCCUCCUCUGCUCCAUACAUGACGAAAUGUGGGACGUCAUAACAACUGGACCAAUUACAGUUAUGAUGGCAAACACACAAGCGGCAGCUCAAGGGGCCGGUGCUGAGCAAAUGAUACCGAAGCCAAAAGAUUCAUACACCUCGGAAGAAAGGACAAGAGCAAACCUGGACAAUGUAGAACGAAACAUCCUCUACAACUCCCUUGACGACUCCUUGUUCCCAAGAGUCCGAAAGUGCAAGAAUGCCAUGAAAAUAUGGAAAGUUCUUAUGGAACUAGGAGAAGGUGAUGAACAGGAGAAGGACAACAAAUUGACUGUGGCUAUGAAGAAGUUUGAAGACUUCAAAAUGCUUCCAAAUGAAACAAUCAUGGACAUGGAGCUGAGGUUCACCAGACUCAUGGGAGAUCUGACAGAUCUCGGGAAGGAACUAUCUGAGAAAGAAAAGAAUCUGAAAAUCCUUCGUGGUCUACCAAAAUCUUGGGAAAUGAAAGUCAUCGCAAUGAGAGACAAUCGAGAUAUGAAGACGACGAGCACAGCCAAAAUUUUCAGUGAUCUUAAGGCAUACGAGUUUGAGCAUGAACCGAAAGAUGUCGAAGAAUCAGAAACCAGAAAUGUAGCUCUCGUGGCCAGCCAACAAACAACAUCAUCUAAUAGGUCAAAAUCUAGCUCUUGUGAUUUCUUAUCUGAUGAACAGUAUGCACUAUUUGUUAGGAAAAUGAAGAGGUUCAUGAGGAAGAACAACUUCCAAGACUCACACCGUUCGGGCCACCGAAAGCAACACGAAAGUUCACCUCAAACCUCAAAAGCGGAAACCUCGGACUCGCAACUGUUGUGCUACAACUGUCGAAAACCAGGACACUUCAAGGCCAACUGUCCUCAUCCAAUAGUGAGCAAGCAUCAAGACAACAACUCUACCAAAAGCCCAUCCAAGGAGACUGGAGAAAGAUACAAAAGAAAUGACAAGCCAGAAUCAUCAAGCUCCAGAAACGAGAGUAGAAGAAAGGCGAUGGUAGUGAACGAAACCUCUGACACAGUUGAGGCCGAAAGUAGCUCCUCGAGCUCGAGUUCAGAUGACGAAAGCACUGAAGAGGAAAAAGGACUACUAUGCCUGUUCAGCCAAGAAUCAGAAGAUCUAUGCUUUAUGGCUGACGAAGAUGAGGUAAAAUAUCACUCAUCCUCUUGUUAUUCAGCUGAGUCCAGUUCUGUAGGGAGUCAAACCUCCAAUGAAUCUGUUACAGAAAUGAUGAGGAGGUUCAAAGUGAUCAAAAGCACAUACUCCAAACUUAAGGAGGAGAACUCUCGGCUCAUGAUUAGCUAUAAUGCGCUAAGGCAAGUUCGAGUUGAGAACAUAAAGCUAGCCAUUGCUAAGGAGCAACUUGAGAAAAAUGUUCUCGCUCUGAAGGAACAGUGCACAGCAAGAGAAAAGAGAGAGCAAGAACUCCUUGAAGUCUUAGAUAAAUUCAAUAAUUCGUCCAAUCUAAUGGAUCGAAUGUUAAAUGAAUCUAGACUGCCCGGGGAAAAAACGGGAAUCGGUUUUGACCCCAGCUCCUCUUCACAAGUCGGCUUGAACAAACCCACGAAUGCAUAUUCUCACGAAAGCUUUCAAGCUGCGUUUGUUCAAGGUCCAACCCAGGUGUCUGAGCCUAUGACAGAGGUUAACAAUGUCGCCACACCACAACCAACAAGCCUACCGAAAGGAAAGGCUGUACAACGAAUUGUGGACCCUCGAAACGAAAAUUCUUACAAAGGCAAUCCUAGACAGAAACAUGUCAAAAGGAAUGAACCAAAUGGCAAUGGACAAAAUCUAAACCAUAAGAAAGAACCUCUAUCAAGAGCUGAAUUUGAGAUAAUUCAUCUGCGUAAACAAAACAAUUAUUCCAAGUAUUAUGAAAACCCUCCUGAAGAAUAUUUUCACGAGAGAUAUAAUGCUAAAACCUUUGCCAGUAUCCAUUAUGAUUACCGCACAUCUAAUGGAUAUAAGGGACCAAGGAUGAGUCGAAGAAACUCUAGGUUCGUGUGGAUUCCAAAGCUGACAUCUAACCCUCAAGGACCCGAAAAUCAAGGGGUAGUUGAUGGACCUAAAGUUAUAUUUGGAGGAGAAAACAGUGACAAGACUCGUGGAAAAGGAGACAUCAUCAAACAGGGAAUAACCAUACAAGAUGUAUCAUAUGUUGAUGGACUAAAGUUCAAUCUUCUACGCACAAGCCAAUUUUGCGACAAAGGAUACAAAGUCGAAUUCUCUAAAAACGAGUGUAAAAUCGUGAACACGAAGGAUGGCAAAAUCGCGUUAACAGGCCAACGAAAGAAAAACAUCAAUGCAGAUCUUAGUCAAGAAUGGCACAACAAGCUGAGUCAUCUGAAUCUAAAAACAAUCAACAAACUUGCCAAAAGAAAUCUUGUGAGAGGGUUACCCGAAGCAUCAUACACAAAAGACAAAAUUUGCGAGGCAUGUCAGAAAGGGAAACAAAUCAAGUCAUCUUUCAAAUCUAAGGAAGUGGACGGAAACUCUCGUUGUCUAAGCCUUCUACAUAUGGAUCUCUUUGGACCAGUUGAUCCAGCUAGUUUAAGUGGAAGAAAGUACACUCUCGUAAUAGUAGAUGAUCACACGAAAUAUACUUGGGUGCUUUUCUUGAAGAAAAAGAAUGAAACAGAAGUUAUUCUUCCCAAUCUCUUGAGGCAACUUCAGACAGAAAAGGAAGUCAAAAUCAUUCGAAUAAGAUCAGAUCAAGGAACUGAGUUCGUAAACAAGAUCAUAAAAGAAUUCUGUGCACAGAAUGGAAUCUUUCAUCAACUCUCGGCAGCACGAACUCCGCAACAAAAUGGGGUAGCCGAAAGGAAGAACAGAACUCUGAAUUUUCUGAUAACGUCCUCAACAAGUAUGGAUAAGGGUAAAGAGAAGAUGGAUGAAGCCGAGGUUCGAGCUAUCCAUCAUCUUCGAGAAGCAGGAAAAUUGACAAGUGCUACAAUAACGAAGAUAGUGGAAGAUGGUGAUAAGGUUCACGUAACAUUCACUAUGCCAAACUCGGCCACUCCGAAAGAUGAGGCCGAGAGAAGGGCCAUUCGUCUAAACCAUCAUCUCCAGAAAGCAAGUUUGCCCAAUGCUACCAUUAUCAAGCUGGAGGAAGACGGGAAAGGGUCAAUGUGA